CUUGCUGCAGUGAAGACGGCGGGCGAGGCCUCCUCCACAGGCUGGGCAAGGCAAGGAGCGCGGAAAGAGGAGGAGGAGGAUUCUUCCCCCCCCCUCCCGGGAAGGAAGCAGCAGCUGCAGGAGGAACACCGGGGUUCAAGGUGGCAGGAAAACCAGAGCAGAACCAUCAACAGAGGGGGGCAUUGGAUUAUUGCCUUGGCUGCUUUUCCAUUAUCCCUUUUCAGUUUGGGGUAAAGUUUGGAAUCUUCUGUAAGUUAAACCCCAGAAGCAAAAAUUUGUAGCAGCUGCCUCUGCCCCAGUUUCCCCACAAUGCCAUCUAAUGGGCCAGUUGACACCAGCAGUCCUUCUGUGGACCGAGAGACAGUCGAUGCUCACAAGGGAGAAGAAGAUCCUGAGGAGAAUCGGAACAAGGAGGAGAAGCCAGAUCCAGGAAUCCCUGUGAGGAAAGUGGGGCGACCCGGUAGAAAACGGAAACAGCCAGUGGUGGAGAUCAGUGAAAUCCCCAAAGACACAGCUUCAGCACCCAAGUGCCCCCCACCUACCCACAACACCAGCCCUAUGGAGCAAGUGCCCAAUGGAGAUGCUGAGAUGGGUGCUUCUGACAAUUGCACUAUCACCGACCUGAAGGGCAGGCAGCGAAGCGAAAACGAACCCUGUGGCCCGCCAGAAGGAGAGAUGGGACGGGCCCUGGAAAAUGGGCGCUGCACCCCCAAGGACAGUCCUGAUCCCCCUGCUAGCGAAGGCAAAGAGGACAAGGAAGAAAACCACUACUCCCUGAAAAUGGAGGCAAGUAUUGUGUGA